CAUUCGGCUUCCUCAGUUGGAGUUGGAGGCUCCAAGAUGUUUGGUCCUCUCAAUCAGAACUUAUCCUCUUCCUCUUCACUCUCAACUCAACCUCUAUAAAACUCCACUUCAAAUUUCAUAGGAUAAAGUUCCAGGAUUCUCCAAUGGAGUUCAGCUUGAAGCUCCCAAAUCAUCUGCCUCCUACUUUUCCUCACAAUUCUCUUACUUCACUUCAACCUUCUACUUUGUAUGGCCAUAAACAUGCCUCCAUUGCUCCACCCAGACGGAAACUUAUGUUCUCUUCCGGCUAUAAUACAAGGAAUUCUGCCUCUUUUCCUUCCACCAGGCACUGUCGCAGAUAUUUUCUUCUGAAAGAAGCUCGAGGCACACAACUCAAAACACAAACAUCUGUGAAACCAGUGAAUGAGGAAUUAGUGGAGGAUAAGUCUAAGGAUCUCCCAGUUAGCGGGGAUUCUAUUCGUCGACGGUUUCUUCAAUUUUAUGCUUCCCGUGGACACAAAGUUCUUCCCAGUGCUUCUUUGGUACCUGAAGAUCCCACAGUGUUAUUGACAAUUGCAGGAAUGCUUCAAUUCAAGCCUGUAUUUCUUGGAAAGGUACCUAGACUGGUGCCUUGUGCUGUAACUUCACAAAGGUGCAUACGUACAAAUGACGUGGAGAAUGUUGGUAGAACGGCUAGACAUCAUACGUUCUUUGAGAUGCUUGGAAACUUCAGUUUUGGUGAUUACUUCAAGAAAGAAGCAAUUAAGUGGGCAUGGGAGCUGACAACCAUCGAAUUUGGGUUGCCGGCCAACAGACUAUGGAUUAGUAUAUAUGAAGAAGAUGACGAAGCUUUUGCAAUAUGGCAUGACGAGGUAGGUGUUCCUGUUGAUCGUAUAAAGAGGAUGGGUGAGGAUGACAACUUUUGGACUAGUGGCAUCACGGGCCCAUGUGGCCCAUGUUCUGAGAUUUAUUAUGAUUUCCAACCUGAAAAGGGGUAUUCUGAUGUUGAUUUGGGGGAUGAUACAAGGUUUAUGGAGUUCUACAAUUUAGUUUUCAUGCAAUACAACAAAAGGGAUGAUGGUUCCCUUGAACCUUUGAAACAGAAGAAUAUAGAUACAGGGCUUGGUUUAGAGCGCAUGGCUCGUAUACUCCAAAAAGUUCCGAACAAUUAUGAGACAGACUUGAUCUACCCCAUUAUACAGAAGGCCUCAGAACUAGCAAAUGUGACAUAUGACACUGCUGAUAAUCAAUCAAAAACAAACCUUAAGAUCAUUGGAGACCAUAUGCGUGCAGUUGUGUACCUGAUAUCCGAUGGAGUUGUCCCAUCCAACAUUGGCAGAGGAUAUGUUGUCCGCAGGCUGAUCCGAAGAGUUGUUCGUACUGGUAGGCUGCUUGGAAUAAAGGGGGAUGGAAUAGGCAAUAUUGAUCGGGCAUUUACACCACUUAUUGCAGAAAAGGUCAUUGCAUUAAGCAACCACAUUGACGAGGAUGUAAAAGGUAGAGCAGGACGCAUUCUCGAGGAGCUGAAAAGGGAAGAACUUAGGUUUGUACAGACACUAGAACGAGGAGAAAAGCUGCUGGAAGAAAUGUUAGCUGAUGCAUUGGCUAGUGCUAAAGAGGGUGGAAGGAUUCCUUGUUUGGCUGGCAAGGAUGCAUUUCUGUUGUAUGAUACAUAUGGCUUCCCAGUGGAGAUUACCACAGAAGUUGCUCAAGAGCGUGGUGUAGUGGUUGAUAUGGAGGGUUUUGAUAUUGAGAUGGAUAAUCAGAGGCGGCAAUCUCAGGCUGCACAUAAUGUUGUUAAGCUUGAAGUUGGUGAAGGUGCAGAUAUAAUGGAAACUAUCUCUGACACAGAAUUUCUUGGAUAUGAUACGCUCUCUGCUAAAGCAAUUGUGGAGAGUCUUAUUGUGAAUGGUAAUCCUGUCUUACAGGUAUCAGAAGGAAAUGAUGUAGAAGUUCUGUUGAAUAGGACACCUUUUUACGCAGAAUCUGGUGGUCAGAUAGGAGACCAUGGUUUCAUCUAUAUUUCAGAAGGUGAAAACAGUCAGAACGUAGUAGUGGAGGUAAAAGAUGUCCAAAAAUCUGCGGGCAGCAUAUUUGUUCACAAGGGUAUCAUCAAACAGGGAAUUCUAGAGGUUGGGAGAGAAGUGGAAGCAGCAGUAGAUGCAGAAUUGAGGCAGGGAGCCAAGGUUCAUCAUACUGCUACGCAUCUGCUACAGUCUGCACUUAAGAGGACCAUAGGCCAAGAAACAUCUCAAGCUGGUUCCUUGGUUGCUUUUGACCGGCUUAGAUUUGAUUUCAACUACCACCGACCUCUUGUUGACGCUGAGAUCGUGAAAAUUGAGGAACUAAUCAACGGUUGGAUUGGAGAUGCAGUGCUUCUCCAAACUAAAGUUAUGCCUCUUACUGAAGCCAAAAAAGCUGGGGCUAUUGCUAUGUUCGGAGAGAAGUAUGGAGAAGAGGUACGUGUUGUUGAGGUUCCUGGUGUAUCAAUGGAACUUUGUGGUGGGACUCAUGUAUUCAACACUUCAGAAAUACGCGGUUUUAAAAUAAUCUCAGAGCAAGGCAUUGCAUCUGGAGUUAGGCGAAUAGAGGCUGUGGCUGGUGAUGCUUUCAUCGAGUACGUUAAUACCAGAGACUCCCAUAUGAAGCGGCUGUGCACCAUGCUCAAGGUAAAAGCCGAGGAUGUUACGACCCGGGUAGAUAAUCUUCUUGAGGAAUUGCGGAUGGCAAGAAAUGAAAUAUCUAAUUUGCGUGAAAAAACUGCAGUCUUUAAAGCAUCAAGCAUUGCUAAUAAGGCAUUUCUGGUUGGAACAUCAAAAGAGAUCAGGGUACUAGUUGAAUACAUGGAUGAUACGGACGCAGAUUCAUUGAAAAGUGCAGCUGAGUUCUUGAUAGACAAUCUUCAAGAUCCAGCAGCUAUAGUACUAGGUUCCUGUCCUGGGGAAGGAAAAGUGAGUUUAGUUGCAGCAUUUACACCAAGUGUUGUCGAUCUGGGAGUACAGGCAGGAAAGUUCAUUGGAUCCAUAGCUAUGUUAUGUGGGGGGGGAGGGGGCGGUAGGCCCAAUUUUGCUCAGGCAGGCGGAAGAAAACCUGAGAACUUGUUGGAUGCACUUGAAAAUGCUCGAUCAGAGCUCACCCGGAUUCUGUCAGAGAAAGCGAGCUAGAACUCAUCCGAAUCACAAACGUCGAAUACAUUGGGGGCGUUGGGUCUGGAACUUGUAUCCUUUAAACUGUCUAUGGCAGAAGGCAACAGUUGUUAAAUAACAGUAGCCUACAAAUUGGUACAGUUUCUUUGGGUGAAUCAAGGAUAAAAAUGUAAUACAUCACUGGUGAAUUUUGAGAGUUUCUUCUUCGUUGCUCCA